AUGGCCGGUGCUCUAGAAGGGGAACUGUUCGUGGGGCCCCGUGCAGAGGAGCACCGUGGCUUGCUUAGUAUCAAAUACCCCAUGGAGCAUGGGAUUGUAACAGAUUGGAAUGAUAUGGAGCGAGUGUGGAAUUAUAUUUAUAGUAAGGACCAACUUUCCACAUUCUCUGAGGAACAUCCAGUCCUACUGACCGAGGCACCGCUCAACCCACGCCGCAAUCGGGAGAAAGCGGCCGAGAUGUUCUUCGAAACCUUGAAUGUACCGGCUCUCUUCCUGUCUAUGCAGGCUGUACUUAGUUUAUAUGCAACCGGCAGGACCACGGGUGUCGUCCUGGACUCGGGCGAUGGUGUAACCCACGCGGUGCCUAUCUAUGAAGGCUUCGCGAUGCCGCACAGCAUAAUGAGGAUCGAUGUAGCCGGACGUGACGUCACCAGAUAUCUCAGAUUACUUCUCCGUAAAGAAGGCGUCAAUCUUCGUACAUCAGCUGAGCUUGAAAUAGUGAAAGCUAUCAAGGAGCGAGCUUGCUACUUAUCUCCAAACCCUCUGAAAGAAGAGAGCAUGGAUUCUGAAAGGGCACAGUACACUCUACCCGAUGGGACACAGUUGGAGAUUGGUCCAGCAAGGUUCCGUGCACCGGAAGUGCUGUUCAGGCCAGACCUCAUUGGUGAAGAAUGUGAAGGUCUUCAUGAGGUGCUGAUGUUCUCCAUCCAGAAGUCGGACAUGGACCUGCGUAAGGUCUUGUACCAAAACAUAGUUCUGAGUGGUGGCUCAACGCUGUUCAGAGGCUUUGGGGACAGGCUGCUAGCGGAGAUCAGACGGCUGGCGCCCAAGGACAUGAAGAUUAGGAUCUCAGCACCACAAGAGCGACUAUACUCAACAUGGAUAGGGGGUUCGAUUCUCGCUUCACUCGACACAUUCCGCAAGAUGUGGGUCUCCAAGAGGGAGUACGACGAAGAAGGGCACAGGGCCGUUCACCGCAAGACAUUCUAG